ACCAUAGCUCCGAUACUUUUUGGAUAUCCAAUUUGUAUGAAUGUCUAUAUGUUUACUUUUCGUUAAUGGAAGGAACAGCGUUGAGUCAUGUAUGCAAAACAAAGCAAUGUCAUCAUUAGUGAUAGUGUGGCACACCCGUGAAAUCUUUUUUCUUUGAUAGUUCGAUUUUGGACUCCAAAUUCGUUCCGCGCCUCUCUAAUUGAUCUGAACCGUUUUUAUAUCGUUCCCUCAUGCUUUUGUGCCUGCUAAUUCAUCGUGAAAUCUCUACGAAGAUCGAAGAACCCGCGCCGCAUUACAAAGAAACGAUUCGAGAUGGCAAUCGCCCGCACGCUGUAAACACGAACCGUCUCUUCAAUAUAUUUACCCGUUCGUUCCUUGCGAAAGUGAAAGGAGUGCCUACCUAUUGUAUUAUCGAUAGAUGCUAUGGCCAGUGCUGCCGCUGCUGCUCGAAGUAGACCGAUUGGUCAAUAACAGGGAGUCACACAAACGUAGUGGCGGCGGCGGCGGCAGUGGCGGAAGAGCGCCGACGAGGGGAAGAAGGAGAAGAGCAGCAGGACGCAUUAUCAACGGCAGCGAGUAGCAGCAGCCUCCGCGUCAACAAUAGCAGUAACAAUUGUAGCAGAAUUCAUAUAGCGGCGUCUGUAAUGGGUGGCUAGAGGCACUUUUAGCGGCGUGGUACGAUAGAGGAAAGGGAGGACUCACAGAGUGAGUGAGCCAGGUGAGCAGGCAGCCGUGACGGCGACGGAGCGCCUGCUACGGCUUGCGAGUACGACGUUCUGGUUGUCAGUCUAUCAGGCAGCGGAAGGCAGCCGGAAAACAGCGAGCAGCGAGCUUGCUUCGAUCGACAGCCGUGUGUCUGUUUCGUUCUCCCUUCUAACCGCUUCUGCUGCUUCAGGAAGUAACGAUAGCCCCACAAGGGUCGCAGCAGCAUACAAAGCCGUCCCUAGUUUCGUUGGGACCACUUUGUUUGCCGCCGCCUGUGCCAUCACUACCAAUAAUAACAGUCAAAGCGGCAAUAGCGGUUAGAACAGCAGCGGCAGCACCAGAGGCAACUGUAGCAAACCUUCCUUAGUCAGUGGAAGGAGCUGGACUCGUCGUCGUAGUCGUCCUAGAACCAAUACUGCAGCAGCUACGACUAGAAGAAACAGGAAGAAAAAUAGUUUCGCCUAUGGUGGAGGCAGCUGCAUCUACAGUUGCAGCUAAGAGUGAACUGACGAGCGACGGUGCUGCAGGUCGUCGUGAUGAUGAUGCUCAUAGAACAAGUGCUGCCUGUGCAGUCGCAGAAACAAUAAUGAGAGAAUACCACAAUACAUUCGAUUCUUGCUAAUGAGAAAUCUCGUUAUACUGCUGCUACUCGGUUACGUACAGUGCAUCAGAUGUGUUGCGACGUCUAAAGGUCAUAAAUGAAUAUAGGGACAGUCGCAAAAAAAUGACUAAAUUGAAUAGUGCUUAGUGACGGUGACCGUGGUUAUUUGUCCUGCACAAAUGCGAUUGGUGCCGGCCGCAAUAACACCAGUUUUGGGCUACAUUCGGUAGGGAGGUGUUUGGGUGAUUUGUGUGGUUUAAAUGGUAACCUCGGAACUGAGAGGGCCGAGGUAACACACAAGUUGCCGCCAUCGAGAGGAACAGGCUACGUUGUUCAGUGGGGGACUCUGUGGGAGGGUCGCAUGAUUGUGGUGGUUAAACCGGCAGGGUGGUCGGACGCGCCAUGGAGCGGCGCGCGAGCCCCCUGAGUCACAGCCAUCGCGACUACAACGACAACAACAAUCACGACGACGAAGGCCACGACAAACACAAGCAUCAGCAGCAGCAUAGGAUCUCAACUAUUAUUACUAUUAUUAAUACAACGACUUGGAACGAGUACACGCACAGCAUCACAAAUCUUGGUAGCUGUAAGAACGUUAUUGUUGCUAUUGCUGCUACUACAACUCCUGGCCACGGCUACUCUGACGAACCUAAAUAUAGCCACCAGUUCUGCAGCGACUGCCUAUAUAGCAACGGUAACAAUUAUCACGAACACGAGCAGCGGCAAAAGCCAACAAAGGCAGCAGCAACGCUGGUCGGAAUAGCUAAGCCCGCCUCGGCCUUUUUGUUGCCACUAGCAUUAACGUUGUUAUCGCCAAGUUCCACAAUACCAACCGCUUCUACUUCUGCUGCUCCUGCCGCUGGUGGAACUAAUAAACAACCGACAGAGCAUAAACGACGACGACUCCAGCAGAUGCCCACGCAGCAGCUGAUCUUGCCGCUAUUCAAGUCAACUGUGGUCUCUGUCACGCUCAGUUGCUAUUGCUUGUCGUCGUUUCAAUUGCCAAUCAACGACAAAUCCAGAAUUUCUGCAGUUAUUCUAGUAGAAAUAUUAUUAUUAAUACUAUUAUCGUUACCUUCGCUCAAGCAUCAGAAGCAAAACAACAACAACCCCCACCGCGUUCAGAAACAAAGAAGCUUGCAACGGCAUCAGCGUCAGCCGUGAUCUCGAGAGGAAGCUGUAGCAGCAGCAGCGGCGGCGCCAGCAGUGCAGACGCAACAACUUCAACUCGACGAUUGAGACGAGCAUCAGCUACGUCACUAGAAGUAGUCACGCAGCAGCAGCAGCAGCAGUAGCGACUCAGAUUGUAUUAGCAUCAGUUUCAGUCGCAUCAGCCGUAACCCGAACGUUGCUUAGGGCAGCAAAGCUGGAUUAGUGCCGAGCGAAGUGAACCGACAGUGACCACGGCCGCUAGGCUUUCAACUGUGACGACACCGUGAGGUGCCGGACGUGUCGAUCGUGCUGACAGCAGUGAUGGUGAUGUGUCUUUCAGAGACGGUUUAAACUCCUGAGGUGGGUGAGUCCAUAAAGGUACAGUUGUUUACUACAGCAGUAGGAGCCGCCGCCGCAAAAGCAAAAAAGAACAUCACCGUUAUACUCGAAUCUAAUAUUCUGUUAGAGGCAAAUUGGUUGCUACUAGCUAAUGAGUUGACGAUUUCGUUGAUCAGUCAGUCAGCGGUAAACUAAAGAACUGCUUGUGCGACAACUCUUCCGCUGCUUCAAGAUGCUUUGUUGCAACGUCAUUGUUUGAAAUGACAAAACACAAUUGAUACAGUACAGCAGCAUCUGUUGGUUGACGAAGAAACAGCCAUAGCAGCAAUAACAGGUUAUAAUUUAUUGUGUAUGAGGCAGUGUACAGAAAACAGGAGGAUUGCGUCGGAAGCGACUUCCUCCUCUUCCCUCUCUCCGGCAAGUUAGUCAUUUUCGAUAACAACAAUGGCUCUUGUCCACUGCAUACAGAUAUAAACAUUAGAUGAUUAUCUGCGUCGGGACUGAGCGCGCUAAACCGUCGUGUUGACAACAACAAGAGUAGAUUUGAAGGGAUUGCUGUCGUUCGUCGUUCUCUGUUUACGGCUGCUGCUUUAACUAGACAACUAAGACAUCUAGAAAGCCAGGCCGACAGGCAUCCGUAGAACUAUUGAUUUGGAAACAAUGCGUUAAUCCAAAAGAAAAUUCAUCGGCCAUUGGGCUACGACGGAAACGGCAGUUCUUUGAGGAUAAUGACCGCCCGUCACAUAAGCAACCACUGAAUGGUCAAAACAUCAGAAGGUCUUUGUAGAGACUGGCUGAUAACAAACGAACAGCGACGACAGAUCUGUAUUACAGACGCAUUAAUUCUGCAUAACGUAAACGUCUAGUUUGUGGUAGGGCUUAGGAAACACAAUAAAUGCACCUAUUUUCGCAGAGCUGUUUUGAAAGCAAAUUUCCGUGUACCGCUUCGCCGCUGUCAUCGCUGACAAAUCAGCCAACAACUCAGAGUCGAAUUAAGAAGAUUCAAAUGAAUGCGAAGUCCAGCAAGUGAGCGUGUAUCGUCUGUGUGCGUGUAUAAAUACAAAUAUACAUACAUAACGGUAUGUUUGCUGUGGAUACACUAUAGUAUAAACUCGAAUCAGUGAAGACAAACAAAACAUGUACUAAAUAUUCUAUGAAGUGUUGUAUCCAUAUUGCAGAAUACAACAUUUGCGGUUAUAGAAGAAAAAAAUCAAUGAAGAAUAAUAGGAACUGAAAAAAAAAAAGAAACAUCGUACUUGCCAUUCAAGGUGGCAGACCUGCAGCAAUAUAACCAAUAUUUAUAAUAAUAAUAAUAAUAACAACAACAAUAAUAUAUCCAAACGUUAUCGAGGAAGGAAGCAGUAGCACGUACAGUUGGUCCUCUGUUCGUUGGGUAACUGCUGCACUGAUGUAUCGCACGAACUUCCUGUAGCAUGUAAGAUCGGAGAUAUCACGCUGUACUAAACUUAAACCGUGAACAAGGCCAGUAGAAGAAAACUUGCCCAAAUAGUAACAACUGAUUAACGCAUCUACAAUAACUACUACAAUAUUAAUAAGAAACAAUAGCAGCAUUAACAACAAAGAACAAUCAAGCUAACGGUACGAUGAAGCCUAGCAGAGAAAGUAGCACCAAAAAAACUGGUGAUUGUGAUGACGACUAUAAUGAGCAGCAGCAACAUCAGCAGCAACAACAACAACCAGAGCUCGAGAACCAGUCUCCACAGAGACAAACAGAUCAACAACAGCAGCAAAAAGUUGUGCUGCUGCAGCAGCUACAACAACAAUCGCCCACACAGCAUCAUCAACAUCAACAACGUCAUAGAAAUGAGAAUGACCAGUCGCCUCAGCAACGGGAGAACGAGAAUCUCAACAGCCACGAAGAAGAGGCUGUACUAGCUUUUCAGACACGCUGCCCAUCUGUGUCUCGUUCAGCAGCCGUCAAAUUUUUAGCAGCACGAAAGUUCUCCGUGGAUCGCGCCGUCGAAUUACUUCGACAGCAUGAGGCUGUACGGCAUCGUGAGGGUCUUACCGCGUUCCAACCAACUUCCAGCCCGCUCAGGGAGGAACUAGACACAGCGAAAUUCACCGUUCUACCAUGGAGAGACCAACAGGGGGCGGCAAUCACCAUGUUCACCGCAGGUCGGCACAGUCCGUCAAGCUCGACGCACCGAACCACGCUGGCGGGUGUGGUGUACCAGCUCGACGUGGCCCUCGAGAAUCCGCUCACACAGCGAGAUGGCAUUGUUUUUGUCUACAACAUGGCCGGAUCAAGAUAUGAGCAUUUCGACUAUGAAUUGUGCCAGAAGAUUCUGCAGCUGCUCAAGGGGGCUUACCCGGCGCGGCUGAAGAAGGUGCUCAUAGUGGGUGCGCCCCUCUGGUUCCGCGCUCCGUUUAAAAUUCUCAGACUUUUCGUCCGUGAGAAGCUCAGGGAUCGGGUGAUGAUCGUGAGUCAAGCUCAGCUCGUGCAGCACAUUCCAUCGUCGUCACUUCCACUCGAAUUGGGCGGUACCCAACCACCACAUGAUCAUCAUGCCUGGUUAUUGCACUGCCUAAAGGUUCACAAUCAGCAGUUAUCAACUGUACGUUUGCGGCAACUCAGCAGUUCACUAAUGCUAUUGCAAUUGGAAGAUAAGCAAGAUCUAAUCGAUCUCGAUCAUGCUGUUGAAGACGAUACUGCGGAUCAGAGAACAGGAGAUAAGAACGAUUCAACGUCGUUUAUGGACGAAAACAACUGCUUAGCUAGUAAACGGGACAAACAAGGACAAGCUGGCAACAGUGAUUCAUGCGACGAACUCUUAGGAGCCGUCAACGCUGUCAGAAGUAACAGGUUAAGUACUAUCGGAGAUCUACACAAUAGUAAAAACACAAGUAAACCGAUCGCCGGUGGAGAAAACUGCUAUCAGCAGCAGCCCACCAUGCAGAAUGGUCAAGCAGAAUUGCGUAGAUCCGUAGUAACUAUUGAAAGUAAUAGACAACAGAGUAACGGAAACGAUGAUUCGACUAAAGUUGGUACAGAUCAGAAAACUGAGCCGCACAGCCAGAACUAUACGGUGACACCGGAGCGGGAGGAAGCUCCGGAAGAGGAAGGCGAUGACAGCUCACUCGUCAGUGCCAACUCGACUGUUACAGUAACAGGGUCUACCAGUGGAUGCUGGCCCAUGGGAGCACCUCCUGAAAUACCCCUGCCGCCUGUACCGCCAGUAGGCACUGAUGGUGUUAGCGUUGGCGGUGGAACCUGUGCAACAUCGGUGGUGAGUGGCGUUCCGCACGUUCAACAUGUGCCUGCAGGGAUUGUUCCUCCGCCACCAUCUGCUCAGGCACAGACCCCACCUGCGCUCGAACCGUCACGAGACCUUUCCAUGGAAGACUUCAUUCUUAAUCUGCAGAAAAAAGGUCGCAAAGGUCUGUGCCGAGAAUACGCUGAAAUUAAAUCAAGACCACCAGCAGGCACGUUUGAAGCAGCACGCGACAAGAUGAAUCAGUGCAAGAAUCGCUACACAGAUGUUCUCUGUCUUGAUCAUUCGCGCGUUCGUUUACCAGUGGUUUGCCGUGAAUCUGCCGUACAAGGGGGUGAAGGUGAAGCUGGGGAAACUGAUGAAGACAUGAUUCACUCAGCCGCACUGAUGGGAUCAACAGACUAUAUCAAUGCUAACUUUGUCGACGGAUACGCCGGUUCGAGGGCUUUCAUUUCUACGCAGGGUCCGCUGCCGCGCACAUUCGGUGAUUUCUGGAAGAUGGUUUGGGAAGAAAAGUGCGGCGUAAUAGUCAUGACAACUCGUUGUGUCGAAAGGUCGCGAACGAAGUGCGGCCAGUAUUGGCCAGCUGCUGAAGGUGAAGAACAUGAACACGGCCAGUUCCGCAUAGCAAACCAAGGCGUAGAAGCUGCCGGGGACUAUCAGGUAUCCGAGUUACAAUUAAGGCUGCGGGACUCUUCCGAGGAUGGUGAUGACACCGACUCUGGGGCAAUGACACGUACUGUCUGGCAUUUGCAGUUCCUAUCGUGGCCCGAUUAUGGAGUUCCCGAAAGCGCAUUUGCAAUGCUCUCUUUUCGUGAUGUGUGUCUUCAAAAGCAGCGCGACACCAUUCGUGAUCUCGAAAAUCACUCUCUAUGGUCAAGCUCGUUGGCUCCACAGGGACCGCCAAUUGUAGUGCACUGUUCGGCUGGGAUUGGACGAACUGGGACGUUUAUUACUCUGGAUACAUGUAUUCGGCGUUUAGAAUCGGAGAGUCGUAUCAACGUUCGAGGGACGGUUGAAGCGAUUCGUGCGCAGCGCGCCUUUUCUAUUCAGAUGCCUGACCAGUACGUAUUUUGUCAUCUUGCCCUGCUUGAAUAUGCUCUAAUACAUGGACACCUCAAGGAUGUAGAUUUGUCCGGAUUUGAUGACUCGACUGACGAGAGCGCCGACGAACAACAUUAAACCAAUGGUGGUGAUGACUAUGAAAUCGACUAGAGCUAUGACUAGAAAAAUAACAAGAAAGUGGGAGGAAUCGCCGAGUUGUCACGCUAAUGAAAGAAUAAUGCCAUAAUAAAUUUGAUAGUAAUAAUAAUACUAAUAUAACUCAACUGUAACAUAACAAUAUACAUAUUUAUAAUAUGGCAAAAGAUACCAACAGUAACAACAAAAAACAACUCAGCAAACAUCGAGCACAUACAAAAUGAGCAACAGACACAGACAAAUCUUCCAGAGUUAGAAGCAAGGGACCUUCCCAACAAAAGGUUCCUUAUUCAACAUGAAGGUGACACUAUAAUUAACGAUACAAAAAAUUGCUAAUUCUAUCUAAUACAGAUGGAAUGUAAGCACAGUCAGAGCAGAACAAUCCAUUGAAUGAGAUAGUUGGUUAGAAAAAACGAAGAGUUAUCAGUAACUACUACAAACCAUGAAGUAACAUGU